AUGCAAGAGAGCGCCCUCAAGCUUGGACAUUCGCAGCUGCAGCAUGGUCGAAUCAUCAGGGACAUGGUGAAUUUGGACUUGAUUAGGAAGUGGUUGCGGAUAUGCGAGCACACACACGGCGAGGCUUGUGAGUCGGAUUGGUGGAGAGGGAAUGGAGAAGGUAAUAGCUUACCAAGCACGGUGCGCAUGAUCGACGUUCAGGAGAUGAUGAUCGUCUCUGUCGCGCCAGGAUGUCGCUAUAUUGCCUUAAGCUACCUCUGGGGAGGUGUGGGUGAAUCUUAUUGGACCUCGACGGAAAACCUGCCUACGCGUUCGCGACCCCAAGGGCUUCCCAUCUCCAUUCUACCGGGUACCAUUACCGACUCCAUCCUCCUCACGCGCCUCUUGGGCGAGCGUUACCUGUGGGUAGAUGCUCUAUGCAUCGUCCAAGACGAUCCUGCGGACAAGGUUAUUCAGAUAGGUGUCAUGGAGCGCAUAUAUGGAUUCGCACUCCUCACUAUCUUUGCUGCUGGCGGAACUACCGCACACGCCCCUCUUCCUGGGCUGCGUGCCAACACUCGCGAGGUUCACCAACGCAUCGAGAACGUGCAAAACCUCCUUUUCUCUGCAGCACUCCCCGGCCCAGACGAAGCGAUCGCCCGAACAGCGUGGAACACUCGUGGAUGGACA